UACAGGAAGCAACCUGUGUGUGUGCCAUGCUGCUCUUCCUUUCCAUGCUAGUCCUGUUCUCACAGCCCGUGGGGUACCUGGGAGCAGAAAUGAAGACGUUGGCACGAAGAUCAGUAAACAACGCCUGCACUCUGGUCAUGUGCGGCCCGGCAGAGAAUGGCCUACCCGGUCGAGAUGGACGAGAUGGGAGAGAGGGCCCCCGGGGCGAGAAGGGAGAUCCAGGUUUGCCAGGACCUGUGGGACCAGCAGGAAUGCCUGGACCAUCUGGGAGAAUUGGACCCAAAGGGGAUAAUGGCUCUGAUGGAGAACCAGGACAAAAGGGAGACUCUGGACCAGCUGGACCUCCUGGACUUCCAGGUGCUCCCGGUCCAGCUGGAAAAGAUGGUCCCUCUGGAAAGCAGGGGAACACAGGACCUCAAGGAAAACCAGGCCCAAAGGGAGAGUCUGGACCCAAAGGAGAAGUAGGUGCCCUAGGCAUGCAGGGCUCUCCAGGGCCAAGAGGCCCCUCAGGACCUAAAGGAGAGAGAGGUGAACGUGGAGUCCCUGGAAAUGCUGGACCAGCAGGACCUGCUGGAGCUGUGGGUCCACAGGGAGCUCCAGGUACCAGGGGUCCUCCAGGAGUGAAGGGGGACAGAGGUGCUCCUGGAGACAGAGGAGCCAAAGGUGAAAGUGGGCUUCAAGACAUCACCGCCCUGAGGGGGCAGGUGGAGACCUUACAGGGGCAGCUACAGCGCCUCCAGGCUGACAUCUCCCACUACAAGAAAGCCAUGCUCUUCCCUGAUGGCCAAAGUAUGGGAGACAAGAUCUUCAAGACAGCAGGCUUUGUGAAAUUGUUCCAGGGUGCACAGGAGGUGUGCACACAGGCUGGUGGACAGCUGGCCUCUCCACGCUCUGCAGCUGAGAAUAAGGCCCUGCAGCAGCUGGUCAUAGCUCAGAACAAGGCUGCUUUCCUGAGCAUGACUGACAAUGACACAGAGGGCAAGUUCACCUACCCCACAGGGGAGCCUUUGGUCUAUACCAACUGGGCCCCCGGGGAACCCAACAACAAUGGUGGGUCCGAGAACUGUGUGGAGAUCUUCACCAACGGCCAAUGGAAUGACAAGACUUGUGGAGAAGAGCGCCUUGUGGUGUGCGAGUUCUGAGCCCCACGGGGCUUGGGGUAGAGGGCAGAGCUUGGUAACUUGGUCAGUGAGGUUACAGCCCAGAUCUGGGUGCUGCCAACAUCCUAAUAAAAAGGUGAUCACGUCUGCCAGCCCAGUAUUCUCUAUGGAACAGCCCCAAAGCAGCACUCCUUAAGGAUGCUUCCUAGAGUGAAAUGUGAUACUGACUUCCCACAGUAGGACAUCUUGGAGAAGGGCCCAGUCUACUUUCUGAUUUGGUCCAAUUGAUCACAUCCUCCUCCUUCAAGCUCCUCCUCCUCUAGGCUUGGGGACACCAUGAUUGCUGGUGUGCUUCUUUUAUCUUUCUGAGUGCUCCUUGUUGGAUUAUU